ACACACACACACACACUCACACUCACUCUAAUCUAUAAACCAACCAUCAAACACCACACAAACAACCUAAGCAACAACAAUGGGGAAAUCAAUCAAAUCAUUGUACUCUCUCUUCAUUUUAGGACUAUGCAUGUUCCUAUGUUUCUUCACUUCAAAUGGGGUGCAGCUGAUCCUAGUCAACAACUGCAGGGAAACCAUAUGGCCCGGUUUACAAGGCGGCGCGGGCCACCCAAGCCCGAAAGAUGGCGGUUUUCGAUUGGGUAGUGCUGAGGAAGUAGUCAUUGAUGUAAAAGAUAAAUGGUCAGGGAGAAUAUGGGCUAGGCAAGAUUGCUCUUUCAAUGAGAAUGGUAAGGGCCAGUGUGUCACCGGUGGUUGCGCCGAUCAGUUACAUUGCCGAGGCAGUGGCGGUGAACCGCCAGCCACCGUGGUGGAAAUGACACUCGGGUCUUCGAGUUCGCCCUUGCAUUUCUAUGAUGUGAGCUUGGUGGAUGGGUUUAACAUUCCGGUCGCAAUGGCGCCAGUUGGUGGCGGUGUAGGGUGCGGUCAUGCUGCGUGUGAGGUCGAUUUAAACGUGUGUUGUCCGUCGGCGCUCGAGGUGAAGGUCGGAGGGCGGGUGGUCGGGUGUAAAAGCGCGUGUUUGGCGAUGAUGUCGCCUAAAUAUUGUUGUACGGGGGCGUAUGCGAACCCAAACACGUGUAAACCAACACUCUUUGCGCAUCUUUUCAAGGCGAUAUGCCCGAAAGCGUAUAGUUACGCUUUCGACGACUCUUCGAGUCUCAAUAAGUGUCGGGCUUCGCGAUAUGUCAUCACAUUUUGCCCUCCUAAAUGAUCAUUAUGAAUGGUGGUUGAAAGAUUGUUAGCUUGCUGAUAAUAUUUGCUAGUUAGUGUUUCUAGUUCUACCUCAUGUAAUAUAAUGUGGUGUUUAAUUAUUGCAUUUUAAUUUUGUACCAUUUCUUUGUUAUUUUCAGGAUCCUAAACUUUAACCUA